GUUGAUGGUAAAUAUGACUGAGAACGAACAAUCAAAUUCAACAAUGACGAAUAUACCAAGCCCUUUAAAUCUACAAUCUGACGUCGAUGAUAAUCACAAAACUGAUCAAAUUCUGACGAAUGAUCUUCUGCUGCACGAGGCUGUGUAUAAAAAUGAAAUAGAAACAGUAGAAAAAAUACUGAAGGAAGAAGUCAACGUCAAUUCUCGAAACAACUAUGGAAGAGCACCAAUUCACUGGGCAGCUUCAAGAGGCUACACCGAGAUAAUGGAAAUGCUUAUCGAGUCAAAAUGUGACAUUGAAAUAAGUGACAAGUUUGGUAUGCGACCGGUUCAUAUGGCGGCAUCAUAUGGCCAUCAAAAAGCAGUGAAGCUGCUGAUCGAUGCUGGUGCAAAUGUUUCUGCUGUCAAUAAGAAAAAACAUACGUUGUUAAUGUGUGCCGCUCGUGGAAAUAGUGCAGCUGUUAUUGAAUAUCUUGUAAAUGCAGUUGAAAAUUUAGAUGUUAAUGCAAUCGACAAUACUGGUGCAAGUGCAUUUCAUCAUGCAGCAGCUUCUGGUUGUCCUGAUGGAAUUAUCGCACUGUCAAAAAUACCAAAUAUUAAAUUGGAUGCAAUUGACCAAAAAGGACAAAAUUCACUUCAUUGUGCUUGUGAACAUGGUCAUAUUGAUGCUGUUGAAGUACUAAUUAAAUUAUACGAACAAUUAAAUCAUCAAAAUAUCGAUGGUAAUACAGCACUGCAUCUUUCAACUUUAUCACGUCAUACAGAAAUUGCACAGGCACUUUUAAAAGCUGGUGCAAAUGUUGAAGUUGUUGAUAAAGUUGGAUUGACAGCACUUCAUGUUGCAGCAAGUCAAGGAUGUAAUGGAAUUCUCCAAUCAAUUCUUGAGUAUGGUAAUCAAUUGAGUAUCAAUAUUCAAUGCAACGCUGGUAAUACUCCACUACAUCUUGCAUGUGAAAAUAAUCAAAUAGAUACAGUUGAAAUAUUGAUAAAACAUGAUGCAAAUUUAAAUUGCUUCAAUUCAAGGCUUCAAACUCCAAUUCACAUUGCUGCUGAAAUGGGUCAUACUGAUGUUUGUAAACUUCUAUUAGCAGCUGGUGCAAAUAUCGAACAACGUGAAAAAGGUGGAAAAAAUACAUUGCUUUACAUUGCUGCUCGAGGAAGUUUUACAGCUAUUGUUGAUAUGAUCAUAAAAACAGCACGACUUGAAUAUCCAAAAGACCGAAAUGCUGUUGAGAAUAAUGAUGUAAGAAGAAAAUGGAUUGAUGAGUCACAAGGGAUUAAAAUUAAUGAAGAAAAUAAUGAUAGUAUUGCUGAGCAUGUACAACAUAUACUCCAGAGACUGGCACGUGAUGAACUUGGUCCUGGUGAUUGGAAAAAAUUAGCUAUCCAUUGGGAUUUUACUCAAGAACAAAUACAAGCUAUUGAACAUCAACAUACAGGUUCUUCAAGUUAUCAAGAUCAUGGAUACAGAAUGCUCGUGAUAUGGACAUCUGGUCUUUCUGAAAAUACUCAAUUUUUUAAAGAACUACAUGAUGCUCUCGUUGCUAUUGAUAAAAAAAAUAUUGCUGAGUCUAUAAGAAAAUUAUUGGAGCAAGAUUUUCAUGAUAAAAAUGUCAAGCAUCGUUGUAAUAAAUGUUGCAUCACGUGAAUCCCUCCAUCUAGACUGAAAAUAAUAUUUACAUUUAUAUUUUUUUGAUUUUUAAAUAAUAAAUAAACACUGUUAUUUUAUAUUUUAUUUUUUAUUUUUUAUUUCAAACGUUAUAUUUGUUCGUCAUAUUCUCGAUAAAUUUUUUGGUAAAAAAAUAUCGAGUAGUUUUUUUUUUUUUUUUUAAAUAAAAUGAAAGUACGAAUCAUUUUAUAUAACAAUGUACAUAUCUGAUAAAUGUGAUGAUAAAUAAUAAAAAGAAAAAAAAAAUGGUAUUUCAAAGUCUAAC